CGACUAAGUAACCCCUCAUCCGCCGCCCCGAGUUCUUUGUAAGACAGAAUUAGGCCUGCGGGACCAAGUGCCGGUAACCCCACUUGCAUGCUUCGGCAGAUGAUGUAGCUCCGCAUAGCUCCACAGCCAACAGCUUCCACCGCAUAGCUCCACCGCAUCGGGGAAUACAUAUAAGACCAUGCUAAUCCGUUCUUUUUUUUCGCUAUUGAAACCCACUCGCCUCGACGUCCGAGAUAGAAAAGAAAAGAAAAGAAUAGCAUAAUGGCGUUCGAAGAAAUGCAAGAAAAGCUCACUCCCUCUAACACCAGCCGCGAAACCUCCCCCAACCGCGGCUCCUCCGUCCCCCAACAAACCGCAAUCCCCAAGCCCUGCCGUCCCCUCCGCGCCUGGCAAUCCGCCCAGCACAUCGACCGCCCCGCGCAAAUCCAGCUCACAAAGCUCGUCCACAUGCGCUACCAGCACCCCAACCUGGCGCAAAUCACCACUUUCCUGCGCGACUUCGGCAUGAGCGUCGCGGCUAGGCAGGACGGGAAAGUCUGGUUCGCGGGCUACGGGGAGGAUCGGUAUGUGUACUAUGCGCAGGCGGGGGAGAAGAAGUUCCUCGGUGGGUGCUUUGAAGUGGCUAGUUAUGCGGAGUUGGAGAAGGCGAGUCGUGUUGGUGAGGGGGCGGCGAUAGUUGAUUUAGCGGAGACGGGGGCGCCGGGGGGUGGGCAUAUGGUUACGCUGCACGACCCUGAGGGGUUCCCGAUAAAUUUGCUGUACGGGCAGACGAAGAAAGACGCUGGGCCUUUUCCGGAGAUUCUCACCACGAACUAUGAGAGUAGUAAGCCGCGAGUAGCGCGCUUCCAGCGCUUCUCCCCCGGCCCCGCGGCCGUGCAUAAACUAGGGCACUACGGGCUCUGCGUGCUGGACUUCGACGUGCAGAUGAACUGGUACACGCGCACCUUCAACCUCGCGCCCACGGACUUCCUCUACACCUCCACCCCCACCGGCGCAAAGAAAGACGUAGCGAUAUUCGCACACAUCGACCUCGGCCCCACACACACCGAUCACCACACCAUCUUCCUCUCGUCCAAUAAAACGAAACACGUUCAUCACUGCUCGUUUGAAGUUCAUGACUUCGAUACGCAGGCCCUGGGGCAUGAGUGGUUGGCGAAAAAGGGGUAUGAGAGUGUGUGGGGUGUGGGACGGCAUGUGUUGGGCAGUCAGAUCUUUGAUUAUUGGUGGGAUACGACGGGGAAUAUGAUUGAGCAUUAUGCGGAUGGGGAUUUGGUUAGUGAGGAGACGAUGGUGGGGUGGGGGGAGGCGGGGGAUGAGAGUUUGGCGGUUUGGGGGCCCGAGGUGCCGGCGUGGUUUUUGGAGUAG